CCACAAUAAGGAACACGGAGGGAAAGAAAGGGGGCACAUUUUAACCAGAUGUCCAGCAAUAAAUAACCGGCUCAGUGCCCCCCCAGCUGAGAGAGGACAUUUACAUUUUGAAGUGCCCGCAUGGGGGUCCCACGGGGCCGGAGCGUGUCUGCGCGUCCACACAGGAAAGACAGAGGCUGCAAUUGUUUUCCUGCAAUCAUUUGGGUACAUUUUUGAAUGAAAUGUAAAUUUGCAAGCGCUCUGGCGGCGCGUGCAGAGGCUGGAUAUAUAAACCCCGGAGGAGCUGCGGCGCAGACCCCGCUACCUGCGUCCGGAGGCCCACAGCUGAAAUGCAGCCAAUUGCAGCCAAGUUACCGUUUGUCCACAGGACACCUUUUUCAGUGGAGGAUAUUUUGGACCCCACAAAAUUUACAAGGAGAAUAAUCUGCGCUGAGGAUGCAAAGGCAACAGGAGCUUCUACUCCCAGAGCUGAACCCAGCGAGCAGCAGCAUCCCGCGGCAGGUGAAAGCUGCAGCCCGGAGGAGGAGGCUCCGUGUCCGGGGAAGCUUCAGAGGUCGAAGGCUAAAAGCCGACGGAUGCGCACCGCUUUCACCCUGGAGCAGCUGCAGAUCCUGGAGCGCAGCUUCCAGAGGUGCCACUACCUGUCGGUGCUGGAGCGGCACACCAUCGCCUCGGCCCUGCGCCUCUCCGAGACCCAGGUCAAGAUCUGGUUCCAGAACAGACGCACCAAGUGGAAGAAGGAGCGGCUGCAGGGGAAGGAGGCAGAGGAGGAUCGCGGCUUCACAUCGUGCUUCUCCUCACAUCCUGCCGGCUGCUCACCUCUGACCUUCAAGCCUCUUUACUGCCAGCAGCGCGCUCCGCUCCAGCUGUUUGCGCCACUGCCGCUGGCGCCUAUCAUCAUUAUUAUACAUGAUGCGUAA